UAGAUGAAAGAUGCGUGUAAGAAGUUACAUGUUUCCUGUAGAUAUAAUGAUUAUUAUAAUAGCGCUAGAAUAGUUUGAUUCUCAUAGAGAUAGCGAUUGCUUUGGUUACAUUGAAUAUUAUAAUAGCGUGUUUCUUGCUUUGGUUACAAAAAGGAGUAAGGAAUGUAUACUGUUUUACCUUCCUUACAUAUCAAUUUACAUGAGAACAUAUUCUCACUUUGCCCAGACGCCAUUCUUGAGAAGUACCCAAGUUUUCACUCCACAGAUAUUACACAGAAACAAGAAGCAUUAUAAACUUUUUUCUCUCUCUCUCUUCCUCUCUCUCACAAUAUAAACAUAGCGCAAGGGAGUAACAUAGGCCAUUAGAAACAUCAACAACCACAAGUUUCAAUCCCGUCUCUUGUGUAAAAAAUGGCUUAUAAGCAGCAUUUCAAGUUCUGCUUCUGUUUCAAGAGAAUGUUCAGGCUAAGGGAGGCUGAACCUCCGGAAAGUAUGAAGAUAAUAUUUCAACAAUAUUCGGAAAAUGACGUCAUGACCGUUGAUCACCUGCACAGGUUCCUCAUUGAGGUUCAAGAAGAACAAAAUGCCAGCAAGGACAGUGCUCAGGCCAUCUUCAACAGCACCCACAAGCUUCUCAAAUUCCUGCCAAGGAAGGGUCUUACUCUGGAUAUUUUUAUCCGAUAUCUUCUGACUGAUGAUCAAAAUGGCCCUCUCCGUCCUCUUGGGGUGCACCACGACAUGAGUGCUCCACUGGCUCAUUAUUUCUUAUACACAAGCCAUAACUCCUACUUAACUGGUAAUCAACUCAGCAGUGACAGUAGUACCGGCCCCAUCGUAGACGCCCUAAAAAGAGGUGUAAGAGUAAUUGAAUUGGAUUUAUGGCCAAACUCGAAGAAAAAUGAUGUUGAAGUUCGUCACGGAGGGACUCUGACUCGUCCUGUGGACCUCAUCAAAUGUUUGCAUGCUAUUAAGGAAAAUGCAUUUUCGGCCUCUGAAUAUCCUGUUGUGAUUACUUUUGAAGACCACUUAAAACAAACUCUCCAAGCUAAAGUAGCCAAGAUGGUCACUAAAACAUUUGGAGAAAUGCUAUAUCGCAAUGAUGCAGAAAAUUUAGAGGUGUUCCCUUCACCGGGAUCUUUGAAGAGAAAAAUUUUGAUAUCAACUAAGCCACCAAAGGAAUACCUUGAUGAGGAGAGUUCAAUGGAAAUAGAAGAUUCACAAAAGCAGGGAUCUUCUGAUGAGGAACAAACUCAAAACACAUACAAAAAGAAACUUGGAGCGACUGAUAAGGUGCUGCUUGAUGAGGAUGAAGACCAAAUUUUCCCUGAAUACAGGAGUUUAAUUGCCAUUCAUGCAGGAAAGCCCAAAGGUGGAAUAGAUGACUGUUUGAUUGAUACUAAUACAGUUAGACGUCUCAGCUUGAGCGAGCAAGAGCUUGAAAAUGCUGUAAAAACACAUGGAGCUGCUAUUAUCAGGUUUACCCAAAGAAACUUGCUCCGGGUGUACCCUAAAGGUAUGCGCUUGGACUCAUCUAAUUAUGAUCCUAUGCUCGGAUGGACGCAUGGAGCUCAAAUGGUUGCACUUAAUAUGCAGGGACAUGCGAAGUUCCUUUGGAUUAUGAAAGGCAUGUUCAGAGCCAAUGGUGGUUGCGGUUAUGUGAAAAAGCCUGACUUUUUGUUGCGUGUAGGAGAUCCAAAUAAUAGGGUUUUUAAUCCUAGUGCACCGCCACCAGUUCAAAAAUUUCUGAGGGUAACUGUCUACCUGGGAGAAGGGUGGAGUAGAGAAUUCCGCCACACACACUUUGAUCGAUUUUCGCCACCUGACUUCUUUGUUAAAGUUGCAAUUGCUGGAGUCCCAGCAGAUGAAGACAGGAAACAAACGAGAGCAAUUGAGGAUGAAUGGCUACCAGUAUGGGAUCAGAGCUUUGAGUUCUCACUGAGGGUUCCUGAAUUAGCUGUUCUCCGGAUUGAAGCUCUGGAGUAUGACACAACAGGGGUACCUGACUUCGGAGGCCAAACAUGUCUACCCAUAUCAGAGUUGAGAAACGGUAUCCGAGUAGUUCCAUUAAAUGAUAAGAAGGGAAACCAAUACAAACAUGUAAGACUUCUCAUGCGAUUUGAAAUGAGAUCUGCCUAAACUGAUGUUUAUGUUAUAUAUUACAAACUAAAGUUGCAGCAGAAGAACAUUGUAGCCCAAUAUUAGCUGAACAUUCUUACAAAAA